AUUUUCAACCCACCACUCACAUCAAAACGCCACCAUGUCCGAGCUCUACGAGAACAAGGUGUGCCUGUCGCCCAUGGUCCGCUCGGGCACGUUACCGCUGCGUUUAUUGUCGCUGCGCUACGGCGCUGACCUCGUGUAUGGCGAGGAGAUCGUCGACAAGCGCAUCAUCUCGGCAGUUCGCGUGCCCAACGAGGUCGUCAAUGCUGUGGACUUUGUCAGCCGCAAUGGUGACUCCGUAGUGUUCCGCACAUGCCCAGAGGAGGCUGGAAAGGUGGUUUUCCAGAUCGGAACAGCCGACGCAGUGCUGGCUCUCAAGGCAGCGGAGGCAGUGUGAGUUUUUGCCAUCGAUUGCGAAGUUUAACGUGAAAAACUGAGUGUCUAAAUGUUUUUUCUUGUUUGUACUGCAGUGCGCGAGACGUGGCUGCUGUGGACAUUAACAUGGGCUGUCCCAAGCACUUUUCCGUGCAAGGAGGAAUGGGUGCAGCGCUGCUACGGAAGCCUGAAGUGGCUUGCGAUAUCAUGAAAACACUGCGGCGAAACCUGAACAUCCCGGUGUCAUGCAAGAUCCGACUGCUGCCAGAAAUUCAAGACACGGUUGAUUUAGCUAAACGUCUCGAAGAUGCUGGAGCCUACGCAGUCGGCGUGCACAUGCGGCAGAUCCACGAGCGUCCUCAUGACAAGGCCAGUUGGGACAGAUUGGCGCCCGUUGUGUCGGCGUUAUCUGUUCCUGUGCUCGCGAACGGCGACGUGUUCACGCACGACGACAUUGACAAACUUCGCAAGAUUUCGGGCGCCUCUUCCUUCCUCGUUGCUCGCGGCGCACUUGCGAAUCCGUCCAUUUUCCGGAAAGAAGGUCGUUUGCCUAUUGACGAAGUGGUGCGUGAGUAUCUGAAGGCUGCAGCGGAGACGGACAAUGUGUUCCAAAACACCAAAUACAACGUGAUGCGUAUGAUCCCGAGCUCGUUGGAGGACGCCUACGCAAGCUGUAAUAACUACGGGUAUGCUAAGGAUGCCCACGUUGUUACAGUUCCUGACCUGGCAGCGACGAGGAACGGCUUGCAGAUGUACUCGCUCUGGGAUCUUCAAAACUACUAUAACCAGUAUCAGGAUCAGUUCCGGGCGAAGGCAGCGGCACUGGAAGAGGACGCGAAGCCAGAGGAUCAGACGCUGACCACCUUGCCAGGCGCGCAUGAUCGUUACGCUGAGGAUACUGAAGCCGAGGCACCUAAAGCUCGAAACAAUCGAACUGGCAAGCCUGAGCUUUUCUGCGAGAGCUGCAAGAUCCAGCUGUCGAGCGACAAGGAUGCCAAGCUGCACUAUAAGGGACGAAAGCACAAAAACGUGCUGCGUCGACAAACUUCGGCUACUAUCUCGAAAUUUAUUGCAAAAGCGCAACUGGAGCAGAACCCCGCAACAGGUGAAAGUGGAAAGAUUGUGCCAGAAAUCCGACAGCAUGAAGGCGAGGACAAGCGCGAUGCCAAGCGUGCGAAGCUAGAGAACACAACUGCAGUCGCAGACAAUGGUGGAAAUGUAGAGGCAGCAUCGCCGACGGAGCCCUAAAAUCCAUCAGUUACUGACUUGAGUUGACUACUUGUGAAUGCUUGUGUAACAACCACACUGUAGUGUAGGCAAAUCAGUCCAUCAACUAGAGAUAGGACAGUGUUAUGAGACCAGGUUGAUGUUUUAUGCCCGAUGAAUUCAUUCGGAAAUUUACUCGAGUGAGAGCAAGAUGGUCAAGUUGUUCUGCACGAUCACCGGGGUUACGAGGCCGUUCGCUGUGGAGAUCGAUGCGAAUCUGUCGGUGGACGAUCUGAAGAAGGCGAUCAAAAAGGUGGUCAAGCCGAACGGGAUAAGGAAGGUCGAAACCAACGGGCUGCGGCUCUUUUUGGCGAACUCUGGCUGUACGUGGCUAGAUAGAAGAAGUUCCGCAACUGUGGCGGUUGAUGAACUUGGGGGGUAUGUACGCCAUCGAGCAGAUGGAUCCCUUCCUGUCGCUCAAUAACCCCAGAUAUUUCGGCGAGAAUUUCACGCCGGGUAAUGGUCACAUUCACGUUCUGGUAGUGGUAUCAGAGAUACCAACCUCAACUGCCUUGGAUGACCUGGAGAAAUUUGCUCAGGAAUGUGUUUUAUUGGCAGAAGUAGUAAGGUUUUGCUAAUUAAUGCUUCACCAGACGCCGUGCGGUGAACUCGUCCUGGAUCUCCUGCAUCGUCUUACCCGACGUCUCUGGUACAACCGUGUACACGAAGAGGAACGACAAUGCAACUGUGCACAUGAAGGGUGUGAAGCUGAAGUUGACCAAUGCAGCAGCGAUAUAGGGGUAACCCAGACCCACUGCGAGAUUGCACAACCAGCUACAGCCCACACACACAGAGUUGCCCAUUGCUCGAAUGUCAUCCGGGAAGAGAUCCGCCAUAACCACCCACGCUAGCGACCCAAGACUCGAACCGAACGUGGUGACGUAACAAGCAGUGAACACGAUGGCAAGCGCUGGUGAACUAGCAACAAGCGACACUGUGAUGCCCACUGCACUGAUAAACAUGCCCGUUAAUCCAUACAAGAUGAGCUUACGGUUACCUAGUCGAGUGGCCAACAUACCGCAGAACAUGGUCGGUAGUACGUUGACAAAGUUGACGGCGACGAUUCCAAUACGAUCGUCCGAGAUGCCAGCCUGUUCAAAGAGAGUGGACGAGUAGAAGAAGACAACAUUAAUGCCCGUGAGUUGCUGAGCUCCAGCCACACCGAUUGCUGUCAGUAGUUGCCGAAUGAGCGUCGGUGAGAGUAGCUUGGCAAAACUGGAAGCUUCGGGAGCAGUAGUUGGUAUGGUAUGUUCACUUUCUUGAGGUGCAGGGUGGUCUUGCUUGAUCCAAGUCUUAGCGAGAUAUACGUUCUCCUCGCCAAAUAGACGCGCGAGCUCUCGCUCUGCUAACUGGUGCUCCCCCACCAUGAGCAACCACGUAGGACUUUCAACCAUAACGAAAGAUGCGAGUACCAGGAACAAUAUUGCAAGUACAAUAGGGAAUCCUGCAAUUAAACGCCAACCGCUGCUUGUAUCGAAGAAGAAAAAGGUGAUGGCAACCAGUAGAUUGCCGACUGUAAUGGCGAUCUGGAAGCCCACUCCGAGGCUGUUACGAAGACUUGGCGGUGAGAUUUCGCUGAUAAAACCAGGGAUAACAGCAGUGGCUCCUCCUGAUGCAACACCGGAAAUCACUCGACCACCGAUGAACAUCCGGAUGUUGGAGGCGCUGGCUUGCACAACGGCCCCAGUUAUCAUGAAGAGGCAAUUGGACAUCAUGAUGCGUUUCCGACCAAACUUGUUGGAGAACCGUCCGAUCACUAGAGCACCGAUCAUGCCGCCCAGGAUCCAGGCACUGACCGCCAUUGUCCACUGUGCUUUCGUGUGUCCCGGGAACAUGAGGCAGGUGUGGGGUGCGACGGGUCUAGCAUCGCACUCUUCUUGGUUGUUGAACGUUGUGAGGUUUAGUUGAGUGGUAGACCAUCCGUACUGCAGUGGUUGCAGCAGUGACACCAGGACGUUGGCAUAGAGCACCCAACGCGGUCGAAUGGGAACGUGUACAUCUGGUACAGUCGGCGUCGUGGCCAAGACUUUCGGUGUCGGCACCACUGGAAUAAAGUCACUGAUACUGCUCGACGAUGGGGACGGAAUCUCCAUUGUGUCUUGGAUCUAUCCACUCGAAGACAAGACUUGUCGGAUACGUGGUGAAUUCAAUUCUGAUAGACCAGAGCAUUCUGACAGAGUGCAGUUGACCCUUGCUGGUUGCUCGUGUCUAUAGAGCUCUGCCGUUCUAGAUCUGCAUGAGCCCGCGACAAGCGCGGCAUCAGGCAGCUGUGGUCACAUCGAGAAGAGUAAAGCAGUUGCCAUUGCCGCUCAUAGGAACAGCGGAAUUGAUUAUUGGAGACUCAAAUCGUGAUGCGACGGUAGUUCGAGAAGAAAACGAGGUGGAGUCCAAGCGACGGAUACACAGCCGAAAGCUGACAGGCACGAGCGAGUCGCAAAAGAAAGGCGUGAUAGUUAAUGGAGAGGACGCGCCGAGCUCGGAUCAACGUCGUUGCGCUCCCUGUUCCGGUGCUGUAGCAAUCUGGUUGUAACCCUGCGAGAAAUAAUACUACUGCAGUAGUUUUUUUGUUUUUAAACCAAAGAUGAGACCGGAGCAUUGAACUCUCAGCAGCACUACUUGCACUAAAAUAAUACUAAAAACUGAAUAUACUGAC